GAUGACAUCGAGUUUGUUUUCCAGGAUGGCUGCGUCGACUGCGACCUACGCAAUCCCAUCGUGGCCAAGCAGGUGGAGCUCAUGAAGCAGUACUUCCCAGAGGAGAAGUUCAAGCAGUGGGCGGAGCCCUUGGGUGAGGAGACGGGCUGGCGACGGUAUGGCGGCUGGGAAAGAGCCAUCGAGUUUGCUCAGGAGGCGAUGACCAAGCAUGCUCCCAUUGACGGGCUCCUCGGCUUCAGCCAGGGGAGCAACCUCUCGCACCCCUUGGCCGCGCAAGCAGCCCUAGGUCAGGGUCAUCCGCUACACUGCGUAGUACACUUCUGCACGACCAAGCCCGGCUGGGUUGGACAGACUCCCGACCUUUUCGAGUACCAGCUACCCUUGCCGGCACUCAUCAUCGAGGGUAAAGUGGAUGAGACUGCCAAAGGCAGCGAUGAGGUAGCUUCGACUUACGAGCACCCCGUUCGACUUAGCCACAGCGAUGGCCAUCGGCCCUUUCCGAAGAAGCCCGACGAAGCCAAGAAGCUCGCAGAGGACAUCCACAGCUUUGCUCGGGCCUGA